AUGGCUUCGAGUUCCUUUGGACUGGUACCAAUCUCAUACCGAAUCGUACUUCGACGACGAAUCGCGCGCGACAAUCCGGCGCAUCUUCUCCCCGCUCACGCCCCACAUACACAGCAUGCUUUCUGCGGAUUUUGCGGAACACCUCUCUCAUAUUGGACUGAUGCUCCCAGUGAAGAGGCGAACUAUAUGUCGGUGACAAUUGGGAGUCUUUCGGGAGAUGAUCAACGAUUGCUGGAGUACCUGGGCCUUCUCUCCGAAGAUGAAGAUGGUGAAGUGGAAUCUGAAGGUUGCCGGGAGGACCGGUCGACAGAUGUGCCACUUCACACAAUGCAGGCACCCUUGCCCCCUUCUCAUACUAUCAUACCUUCCUCAGGUGACGCACAGGGCGUUUCUAAGACCUAUAGACAAGGCACGGUAGCUGGGAUUCCGUGGUUUGAGGAGAUGAUCGAGGGUAGUCGACUGGGCCGCAUGAUGAAGUCUAGACGUGGGUUCGGUGUCAGUGAUGAUCAGUCAACAACGAUACAAUGGGAGGUUAGCGAAUGGACGCACGAUGGGUCAGAGGGAGCUCAAUCUAGUUCGUCUGGGAAGAGGAAGCGUGGGCAACAUACUAGUGUAGAGGAAAGUGGAUCCCCGUAA